CUCGCUCAGACCUCAGAAUUUCAGAAAGGAUUGUUCAGUCAGUGUUGACACAGCUGCAGUAAAGGGAGGUACGUGUCUCUAUCAACCCUAAAUCAAAUAACAUCAAAAUGAGCUCAUCCUUGGACAUUGGGCGACGCAACGCCAUCCCCAUUAUUUACACCAGCGGGACCCACUACGAGGUGGGCUUUGACGUGGGACGUACUUUUCGAAGCCUCAUCCAGGAAUAUUUAGGAGUCUCUAAGGUGGUCAAUAAACUCCUGCCUGCCUAUGAAACCAAGGGAGGGAGAGCCGCCUACGAGAGCACCCUGACAGUCCUUACGAAGAACUACCCACACUACGUCAAGGAGCUGCAAGGCACGGCAGAUGGCGCCCAAGUUCCCUUCCACCAGCUGAUGCUGCUGCACAUAGAUGAGCCCGUGUUCGCGGCGGCCGGCAUAGACUGGGAAAAGGUCAUCGACACCCCGACCGGUUGUUCUUCACUCUCCAUCAACAGGGAAGGACAAAUACUGCUGGGUCACACGGAGGAUGCACUAGGGGAACUCCUCAAUUACGUGUACAUUGUCUCUGCCCGUAUUCACGACAAGUCGGGAAGCAAGCAGGCCAUCCUGGAUGAGAAUUUCACAGCAUUUUGUUACGCAGGACACUUACCGGGCUUCUGCAUGGGCUACAACCAGCACGGCCUGACCUUCUCUAUCAACGUGAUCUGUCCCCGAAAAGUUCUCGCGGCCAAGACACCUCGCCACCUCCUGUGUCGGGCACUUCUGUCAGCCAAGACUAUAGGUGAGGCACAUAGUAUUCUGAGAGACGAGGGGACGGGUUCAGCACACGGCUUCAGCGUCAAUAUGGUCUUCAUGCACCCGAACGGAGACUACUCAUUUCAAAACAUAGAAAUAGCUCCCGCAGAAGACAGUAAUGAGUCACCUUUGUCUAUCGUGACGCUGAGCCUUGGGGAACACCUUUUGCAUACCAACAGAUACCUUCGCCUGACCAACAUCCAAGAAGAGGACGGCUGCUGCAUGGAGAGCAGUAUCCACCGCCAUGCCCGCGCCUCCCAGUUCCCCGUCCCAGAGAACUGCUGUGAUUUGAUGGAGAUUCUCUCUGACACUGAAGAUACGCUGCCGUUCUUCAGGGAGGGCUCCGAGAAAGACCGCGGGAAGACUGUUGCCCUCGGUGUGUUCGAUUUAGUCAAGAAGACGUGGACCAUAUGGAUGAGGAACCCGCGCGAUGCCGAUCCUCUGUUGGAACUUCCUCUCCUCUUUACCUGGGAUAACUAACCUCACGCGCGGCAUUAUAGGAUUAUUGCAAUUCAUAUUACAAAGAGCAAAAACUACUUUAUUAUAGCAAUACUUAAUAACAAUACGAAUAAUAGUAGUAGCCGUAGUAAUAAUAGUAGUAGUAGUAGUAGUAGUAGUAGUAGUAGUAGUAGUAGUAGUAGUAGUAAUAGUAGUAAAUAACAAUAAUAAUCAUUAUUAUUAUUAUUAUUAUUAUUAUUAUUAUUAUUAUUAUUAUUAUUAUUAUAGUAAACAAUUGAAUGGUUAUAAUGGUUUCAGGCAAAACUUAUACUACUUGGUUCGCUUACGUCCUAAAAUUUUUAACGAAUCAGCAGUACAUUAAUAAUUUAAGAAUUAGAAA